CAUAUCUCUCAUCACCAAAUUCUCUUCUUGAAUUACUUAUUCUAUAUACUUUCACUAAGAAGAAAUAGCAUUUAAUUUUCGUGUUUACAAAAUAUGGAACUCAUCACUAUAUUCCUUGGUUUCUCACUUCUUGUCCAUGGAGCUCUUGGUAGUGGAGAAAUUGUGUGUGAAGAUUUGUCAAUAGGAAUGUGUGCCUACUCAGUUGCUUCGUCAGGGAAGCGUUGCUCUUUGGAGAGUUAUGAAUCAAUUGAGGGAAGAAGAGGGUACCAAUGCAAGACCUCAGAGGUGUUAGUUUCCAAUAUUGGCAUAACAAAUUUGAUUGAAAGUGAUGAGUGCAUAAGUGCUUGUGGAGCUGAUAGAAACUCUCUUGGCAUUUCUUCUGAUUCCCUUCUUGAAUCAUCAUUCACCUCUAAGCUUUGCUCUCAACAAUGCUGCCAAAAGUGCCCUAACAUUGUUGAUCUUUACUACAAUUUGGCUUUGGGAGAAGGGGUGUAUUUGCCAGCAUUUUGCAAGGGGAGAGAUUUGAAUGGACGCCGUGAAAUGAGCCAAAUCCAAAGUUCAGGUGUGGCGUGUGCACCGUCAGCUGCAAGCAUUGCACUCACAUUGGAGGCUGAUGCUCCUUGGUGAUCAUGAAGCUUUUCCAAUUGCCCUUUUUGUUGUUUGCUUUUACUAAAUAAAAUUUGAGGAUUACUUCAAGUUGUCAUUUCAAUUCAUUAUAAGUAUGAAUUUUAUUCUCAAUUGUUUCCAUGUU